AUGGUUGACGCCCUCUAUGACCUCCUCGUUCCCUAUCUCGACGCCCGUCCUGUCCCCAACGACGCCGCCACAAAUGCCUACCUCUCCCGCCUAACCACCCUCCCGCUACCAGCCCUCACCUCGUCGGAGCAGCAAUCACUAGCCCAAAGCUCACAAUCAAUACUGCGCUCCAUUCAGGCUCUCUCCAAAAAAUCUCACAAGCCAAUUAUCGCCUCGGCCGACCACCUGCUGCAUCUGCGCACCACUCUCCCGCAUAUUGGACACGAUGCAUCAACCGUCCACGCCGAGCUGCCCGCACUCGAAACAGCAGCACAGCACUUCUCCGACAAAUACAGUAGAGGCGCUGAUAAUGCCAUACUCGACAGGCGGAGAAAAGCCAUGCUGCUGUCGCGCAACAUUGACCGCGUCUCCGAUGUCCUCGACCUCCCCACCCUCCUCUCGUCUGCCAUAACAUCGUCGACAGCCGCCGCACAAGCGACCUCGUCCACGGCUAUCGCCAAUGCAAACUACGCCUCGGCCCUCGAUCUCCAUGCCCAUGUCAAGCGCCUGCAUACUCUCUACCCCAACUCGCCUCUGAUCUCCUCGCUCACAGCCCAGGCCGAGCAGGAGAUGAAGACCAUGACCACCAACCUCAUCACAGCUCUCCAGGCUCAGGGAAUCAAGUUGGCAGGUGCAAUGCGAACCAUUGGCUGGCUCCGACGUGUUGCCCCCGAGUUAGAUGAAUCUUGGUCCACUAAACAAGCCGCCAUUGGUAGUGGCGAGGGCACUUUAGGCGCGCUGUUCCUUGUGUGCAGGCUAGUCUGCCUCGAGUCCAUGCUCGAAGCCCUGUCCCCUCUCCGCGACCUCGCAGACCAGGAAACUUCGAAGCGCACGAGUAAGACAACAAAAGUCACCGAAAAUGGCUGGGCCGCUGGCCAACAAACAGAAAAGUACUUGAAAAAGUACCUCGAGGUGUUCCGCGAACAAAGCUUCGCCAUAAUAUCCAUGUACAAAAGCAUAUUUCCUUCUGCUCUCCCCGCACCAGGAUCCGAAGACGCUGCAGCCCCGGCUGUCAAGCCCGUCGACUCGUCUGAUCCUCUUCAGCCCAUCCCUUCUGCUCUCGCUACUUUUCCUCUGCACCUUGUAGAAAUGCUCUUCGAUACCCUGCGCGACUAUUUGCCCAAUGUGCAGGAUCGCUCAGCAAGAGACUCGCUUCUUACCCAGGUCCUCUACUGCGCUGGCUCGCUGGGCAGACUCGGUGCAGACUUUAGCGUAAUGAUUGCGCUGCUCGAAGAAGAUUUGCGCGCAGAGCUAGAUGAGAGUGUGGAAGACAGCGAGGCAGAUGAGGAAUGGGUUGAUGUCAUGAAGAAGCAUCGUGUCCAAGCCUCAAGAUUAGAACUGUUAGCUUCGGGUGUAGGCACAGCCCGGACGGCAAGUCCGGUUGAUAGAGUUGCUAGUCCGGCAAAAUAG